AUGUCGGUAGUAGCUUGUCAUGCCGAAGGUGAAGCGUGCGACGUUGUUGUGGGUGGCAUCCCGCAUGUCCGAGGCCAGACAAUGCUACAUAAGCAGAUUGAGUUCAUGAGCCACCAUGAAUGGCGGCGAGAUCAACUACUAAACGAGCCACGAGGUCGUUGUGGCCUAAACGCUGUCUUUCUGCUUCCGCCAUGUAGCCUUGGUGCCAAGUGUGGUUUGCUGUUUGCCAAAAACGACGAGUAUGUCCCCGUGUCUGUGUCUAGUAUGAUUGCCGCUGCACAUGUCAUAGUUAACGGACCCGAUGCAGAGAUUGAUCGGCUAAAAAUUCCUACUACAAGAUUUACUUUUGACACGAUUGCCGGUGCGGUGGAUGUCGAUGUGAAUUUGAAGAGAGAGUCCAGCAAUGGCUUCAAUAUUCCGAAGUGCCAGGCUGUCACUGUUCAUGGCAUCCCAUCAUUUGUGUUUGGACUGGACUAUGAGCUUGACCUAUAUGGUCUCGGCCAAAUCUCUAUUGAUGUUGCCUACGGUGGCGUGAUAUGUGCUUUUGUUGAUGCCGAUUCUGUGGGCGUCAGUAUUCAUGAUGGAAAUGGCCAGAAAAUGAUUGAAAUUGGCGAACGUAUCAAAAACGCACUCCGAGAGCUACACGACUUUGUUCAUCCUGUUCAGGCAGAUCUCCAUGGUGUGAGCACUGUGGUCUUCACGGAUCGAGUGGAUCGUGAUAACUCGGGUUCCAACACUCGCAAAAAGACCAACAUGGCAGCUGUCAUCUCUCCAGGACGCUUAGACCGUAGUCCAUCUGGGACUGCGGUAUUUGCUCGUCUAGCUGUUUUAUAUGCACGAGGAGACAUCUCAAAGGAGACGUUGAGCUGCCAGAGUAUCAUCGGUACCAGACUAUAUGGUCGCAUCCGGGGCAAGACGAUGGUAGACAAAUACGAGGCAAUUUUGCCGAGUGUCACGGGCCGUGCUUGGAUUCACAGUCUAAAACAAGUUGGAAUGAACCCAGGAGACCCUUUCCCUGAGGGAUUUCGUGGUGCUGAUCAAUGGGGUCCGGAUGAGUAUAAAAGAGGGCGCACGGUGACCUACGACCCUCAUAACCUGGAGCUCCCUAGUGGUUGGUAG